UUUCUCAGCAUUUCUAGAGGAGACUUGAAGAUAAACAAUGAUUGGUGGCUCUAGUACCUACACUGAUCCAGAGUCGGUGGAAAAAAUACCAAGUUCAGUACAAAAACAGCCUAUGACCAAUAUUGCACAGGUUGACAAUCCUCAAGGACAUAACAAUAACAUACAAAAUGAAAACAGGCCAACAGAUAAUGAGCAGAACUCAAACUGUAUAAAUGAUGAGUCAAAACACAAGAAUUGUGGCAGAGAAACCAACAAUCAGAUUCAGGGUGAAAAACAUGACAUUAUGGGCCAUAACGAACAAGUUGACAUAACCAUGAUAAGACAAUUCAUGAAGAACUCAGAAAUGAGGUACAGGAUGGGAGUAGGCUGGUAACAGAGAAUUCAAAUGAAAUGACAAAGCCAGUCUAUGAGUUGGAAGAAUCUGCUGCUCUAUCGAACAAGGAAAAACAAGAACACA